AUGAAGCUGCCAGGAUACAUCAUGGACUAAGAACAUGGACAACAGAAAUUUACCAAACAGGAAUCAUAGAAUCAGUUAUAAAUAAAGGUGACACUUAUCCAAAUCUUAACCCAUUCAGGACUUGCUGUAACAAAGAGAAGAAGUGAAGAUGAACUCCACGGCUCAGCAAGGCUUGAUCCCAUGCUACCUGAACAGGAGCCUGUGCCUAGGAACUCUGUCAGAGAAAGACGUUUCCGGAGAGGAGAAGGAUUCCUCUGCUGGCUGCUACGAGCAGCUGCUGAUUUCCACCGAGGUCUUCCUCACUUUGGGCAUCAUCAGCCUGCUGGAGAACAUCCUGGUGGUCGCCGCCAUCAUCAAGAACAAGAACCUCCAUUCCCCGAUGUACUUCUUCAUCUGUAGCCUGGCGGUCGCUGACAUGCUGGUCAGCGUCUCCAACGCCUUGGAAACGAUCAACGGCGGCAGCCUCACCAUCCCCGUCACGUUCAUCAAAAGCAUGGACAACGUGUUCGACUCCAUGAUCUGCAGCUCUCUGUUCGCCUCCAUCUGCAGCUUGCUCGCCAUCGCCAUCGACCGCUACAUCACCAUCUUCUACGCCCUGCGGUACCACAACAUCGUCACCACCCGGCGGGCGUUGCUGGUCAUCGCCGGCAUCUGGACGUGCUGCACCGUCUCUGGCAUCCUGUUCAUCAUCUACUCGGAGAGCACCGUGGUGCUCAUCUGCCUCAUCACCAUGUUCUUCACCAUUCUGGUCCUCAUGGCGUCGCUCUACGUUCACAUGUUCCUGCUGGCGCGCCAGCACAUGAAGCGCAUCGGUGCCCUGCCGGGCAACGCGACCAUCCAGCAGUGCGCCAACAUGAAGGGCGCCAUCACCCUCACCAUCCUGCUGGGGGUGUUUGUGGUGUGCUGGACGCCCUUCUUUCUGCACCUCAUCCUGAUGAUCACCUGCCCCAGGAACCCCUACUGCACCUGCUUCAUGUCGCACUUCAACAUGUACCUCAUCCUCAUCAUGUGCAACUCCGUCAUCGAUCCCAUCAUCUACGCUUUCCGCAGGCAGGAGAUGAGGAAGACCUUUAAGGAGAUCUUCUGCUGGUGUAUUAGCUUUCUGUGAGACGCUCCAGGUAGUUCAUCUUUAAUUCAUGUACAGUGCAAACCUCCAGGUCUGCAGGAUAAGUGGGGUUGAUUAGACGGUUGGCUAACAGAGGAUUUGUCUGCA